AUGGUGGACGUCGCGCUUCAGCAGAUGGAGGCCAUGCUGCGGGCUCUGAUGAGCACAGACAACGCCGUGCGCAACCAGGCGGAGGAGGCGCUCGCGCAGGCCCGGCAGGCGCCGGACUCGCUUUUUAGUGCGCUCAUCGCCAUGCUGCGCAGCAACCAGGACGAGCAGGUGCGCUCGCUCGCGGCGGUGCUGCUGCGCAAGGAGAUCAUCCGGCUGCUGGCGCAGUCGGCCGACGCGCAGGGAGUGACCGUCUCGACGCAGGUCAAGGCGCUGCUCAAGAGCGAGCUCCUCGCCUGCAUCGAGCAGGAGCCGCAGCGGUCCAUCCGGAAAAAGGCGUCGGAUGUGGUGGGGCAGCUGGCCAUCAACAUCAUGAGCAACGACCCGUCCGGCUGGCCCGAGCUCUUCCCGUGGAUGCUCGAGGGCACCCGCUCGACCAACGUGCCGCUGCACGAG